CCGGGCAGGCUCGUCCUCUAUGGCAGCAGGGAAAGGAGGCGUGGGGCCGGCCGGCCUAGGACGCGGCCGAGACUCCCUCCAAACGCGGCGUCGGACCCGGAUCCUGCGUCCUUUCCCGCGCCCCGGGACCAGCCCGUCCACCCCCUCGGGGCUCUGCGCCCUGAGUCACGCCGCCCACGCAGGGUCACGGACGCCGCCCGGCUAGGAGCUUCAGGUGGGCAUCGGCUGCCCCAUUCCUGGGGUCCUGGGGAGACGAGGCACGGGGUGGCCUCAUCCCACCCGCAUCCCCGGGGUCGCGGAGCUAAGGCUGCGGGUCGCACACCCGCUCCCGGGACCGCUAGAGGGACCCGGACCGCGGCGCCGCCAGCCGCCCGGUGAUCACGUGAGGAGGAGGGCGGGACCAAGGCGGGCGCCGGCCAAUCAGAUGCGCCGUCAGCGGGCGUGCCAGCCAAUCGAAACAGGGAGAGGGGGUCCAGGACUAGGAAGAAACGGCGGCCGGGAGGGGGCUGCCGGGACCAUGGGGCUUCUGACCAUUCUGAAGAAGAUGAAGCAGAAGGAGCGGGAGCUGCGACUGCUCAUGCUUGGCCUGGACAAUGCGGGCAAGACCACCAUCCUCAAGAAGUUCAAUGGGGAGGACAUUGACACCAUCUCCCCGACGCUGGGCUUCAACAUCAAGACCCUGGAACACCGGGGAUUCAAGCUGAACAUCUGGGACGUGGGCGGCCAGAAGUCGCUGCGGUCCUACUGGCGGAACUACUUCGAGAGCACCGACGGCCUCAUCUGGGUGGUGGACAGCGCUGACCGCCAGCGCAUGCAGGACUGCCGGCGGGAGCUGCAGAGCCUGCUGGUGGAGGAGCGCCUGGCUGGAGCGACCCUCCUCAUCUUUGCCAACAAGCAGGACCUGCCAGGAGCACUGUCCUCCAGCGCCAUCCAGGAGGCCCUGGAGCUGGAGUCCAUCCGCAGCCACCACUGGUGCAUCCAGGGCUGCAGCGCCGUCACCGGGGAGAGCCUGCUGGCCGGCGUCGACUGGCUCCUCACCGACAUCUCCAGCCGCAUCUUCACCACCGACUGAGCAGCCCCGAGCAGCGCGCCCAGCCCUCUGCCAGCACCACUGUGGGGGGGCGGGGAACGGGCGCGGCCCCCGCCCAGCUAACACUCCCAGCGCCUGCUGCUGCUGCUGCUACUGCUGCCCCCGGGGGCGGGAGGGCGGUCCCCCCACACCCCCCCAACCCGGCCCGCCAUUGGCCGCUGCCACCCGGAGGGUUGGGGCUGGUCUCCGCUGCUGCCCAGGCUGUGGGCCUGACCCUUUGCUCAGAUGUGAGAAUAAACCUUUCUUGCCCCAGC